GAGAUUUGCGAGCAACUUAUCGAAUGCACAACAAAAGCGCGCCUAAAGGUCAAUGAAUGUAUCGCAUCUCACGAUUCUCCAUUAAAAGCAGUGUCUAAAUGCCACAAUGAAACUCUUCAUAAACAACUAAAACGUCUUAUAGAAGAGCGUGAUAACUAUUAUGAAGGUUGUCUCAGGAAAAAAAUGCCAGAAGCAGCUGCUAUUGAUAAUGCAAAAAAGAGGGCGAAAUGUCAAAAAAUAGUACAGAAGAAUCCGUUUAAACAAAAUAUUCAAAAAUCACGACGAUCUAUGCAAAGAGACCGAAAUAUUAAUCAACAAAAGCAAUGCUAUAAGGAUGUAAAAAAAAUGCGAAUACAUUGCUCCCUAUUAGCGAAAUGUUGUUCAAUUAGUAAACAGUAA